AUGGUUCUGUAUGAGAUGUGGUGGAGGGAGAGAGUGGUUAGUCUGGACAUUUCUUCUCAAGCAUUCAGAGGAACAACAGUCUUCAAAUUCUUCAGCAGAGCCAAGGGACAGCAAUCAAGUCGCUUCGAGGAACUGAAGACAGAACUCAUUCCAGGUUUGAAGAUGUGCUGUGAGUGGCGGUGUCUGAGCCCAGACAUUGUCGUGGAAGCUCCAGAAAGUGAACAGCUAUUGCUUGAGGAUACUCACCUAAGGUCUGUGAUUGAAGAAGAAGCCUUUAAACUUUUAUCCCAGCAGUCCUUGCUGGACAGACCGUCUUCGCCUAGUGAUGGAUUCACUCAUCAGGAACAGAAUAACCAUCAUGUUCUGGGGUUUCCUAGAAAACUUUGGCAAAUAGUGGAAAGCCCUGAAUUCAAAUCGAUUUGGUGCGAUGAAGGAGGAACCUCCUUCGUGAUAGAUGUAGAGCAAUUUCAGACAAAAGUUUUAGAGAUGAAAGGUCAUUUCAGCAUCUUUGAAACGUGCAACAUGAAGAGCUUUGUUCGACAGCUUAACCUUUAUGGAUUCAGGAAGAUGCAGUCAACUUUUCCGAGAUCGGCUUCCCUAUUCCACUUUAUGCCUGAAUGUUGUGAUGUCUCAGGGACAAGCAAGGUGCAGUUCUUCCAUCACCCACAUUUCAAACAAGGCUGUCCUCAGCUCUUACGACAUAUUCUAAGAAGAGUGGGCAUUAAAAAGAAAUAUCAGGCCCUGGAAUCCUCACUUCAAAAACUGCCCAAGGAGUCACAUCGAGCAGGGGAAAUUUUAGCAAAGACUGGCCGGAUCAAAGUCAUCCAUGGACGCUAUUAUUUUGGCUUCAUUGAUAAGUGA